CCCCCGCCUCGCUUUCCGGCAGUGUGGCGCCCCGCCGCUCUGGCCUGCGCUGCCUGCCUUACGGCAGGUGUCGCGCGGCCCCGGUGGUUUGCGACAGGUUCCCGGUGGCGGGGCCCGGUGGGCGCGAUGGACGUGGGGGAGCUGCUCAGCUACCAGCCUAACAGAGGGACAAAAAGACCCCGUGAUGAAGAGGAAGAGGAAAUCAAAGCGCGUCGGAAACAAGCCAGUGCCCGAGAGCAUGGUCGUCAUAGGGAAGAGGAGUCUGCUGCCCUGGAAGAAACUGAUGAUGAGAAGAAGAAACUCCUUCAGAUAAUUGAGAGGGAUGGAGAAGAGGAAGAUGAGGAAGAGGAACCUUUGGAUGAAAGUUCAGUGAAGAAGAUGAUUCUCACCUUUGAGAAGAGAUCCUACAAAAACCAGGAGCUGCGGAUCAAGUUUCCUGAUAAUCCAGAGAAGUUUAUGGAGUCAGAACUGGAUUUGAAUGACAUCAUUCAGGAAAUGCACGUGAUCGCGACGAUGCCAGGCCUGUAUCACCUGCUGGUGGAGCUGAACGCUGUGCAGUCUCUGCUUGGGCUGCUGGGACAUGACAACACAGAUAUCCUUCAGCUGUUAAAGCAGCUCUCAUGGGAAAGGCUUUCCACAGACUUUUCUGUAAUCUCUCAUGUUUCCAUAGCUGUGGUUGACUUGCUGCAAGAGCUGACUGAUAUUGAUACUCUCCAUGAGAGUGAAGAAGGAGCUGAAGUCCUCAUAGAUGCUCUUGUGGAGGGCCAGGUCGUGGCCUUGCUGGUCCAGAAUUUAGAGCGCCUGGAUGAAAGUGUGAAAGAGGAGGCUGAUGGUGUCCACAACACCCUGGGAAUCGUGGAGAACAUGGCAGAGUUCAGGCCGGAGAUGUGCACAGAGGCUGCACAGCAGGGCCUCAUGCAGUGGCUGCUCAAGAGGCUGAAGGCUAAGAUGCCUUUUGAUGCCAACAAGCUGUACUGCAGUGAGGUGCUGGCGAUUCUGCUCCAGAAUAAUGAUGACAACAGAGAAUUGCUUGGGGAGCUGGAUGGGAUCGAUGUGCUGCUUCAGCAGUUAUCUGUGUUUAAACGACACAAUCCAAAUACAGCAGAGGAGCAGGAAAUGAUGGAGAACCUGUUUGACUCCCUUUGCUCCUGCCUAAUGCUCAGCUCCAACCGCGAUCGCUUCCUCAAGGGUGAGGGUCUGCAGCUGAUGAACCUGAUGCUCAGAGAGAAGAAGAUUUCCCGCAGCAGUGCCCUGAAGGUGCUGGACCAUGCCAUGAUUGGGCCAGAGGGCACAGACAACUGUCACAAGUUUGUGGACAUCCUUGGGCUGAGAACCAUCUUCCCUCUCUUCAUGAAAUCACCCAAAAAGAUAAAGAAAGUUGGAACAACUGAAAAAGAACACGAAGAACAUGUCUGUUCCAUCCUGGCUUCCCUUCUGCGAAACCUGAGAGGGCAGCAGAGGACACGGUUACUGAAUAAAUUCACAGAGAAUGACAGUGAGAAGGUUGAUAGGUUGAUGGAGCUGUAUUUUAAGUACCUGGAUGCAAUGCAGGCAGCUGAUAAGAAGAUUGAUGGGGAGAAACACGACAUGGUGCGCCGAGGAGAGAUCAUCGACGAUGACAUGGAAGAUGAAUUCUAUCUCCGUCGUCUGGACGCCGGGCUCUUUGUGCUGCAGCUCAUCUGUUACAUCAUGGCAGAGAUCUGUAAUGCCAACGUUCCCCAGAUUCGUCAGAGAGUCCACCAGAUCCUGAACAUGAGAGGCAGCUCCAUUAAAAUUGUUCGACACAUCCUGAAGGAGUACGCGGAGAACAUCGGGGACGGGAAGAACCAGGAGUUCCGGGAGAGCGAGCAGAAACGGAUCCUGGAUCUGCUGGAGAAUUUCUGAGGCCCUGGGAGACACCUCUGUGUCUGCCCACAAGGACCUGGCGCCAGUCCUCCCUCCUCCUGCCCCUCCUCCAGCCUCUGUUGCACGAUCAAAGUGAUGUUUCUAUGAAACUGCUUCUAAAUGGGAUUUGGGAGAUAUUAAAGAUAGUUUGCUUUUUUUUUUU